AUGGCCGAGCCAUCAGAAUCGUACUCGUGCCCUUCAGGCACGUUCUCCGCCGACUCUAUGUCGAUGUCUGAGGACGUGCGCGACUACGUCUUCGAGAACUCGCGCCGCUACCACAAGUACAAUGAGGGACGCUAUCACUUUCCCAACGACGACGCCGAGCAGGAGCGCGAGGACCUGCAGCACGCCAUGGCCAUGCUGCUCUGCGACGGCAAGCUGCAUUACGCUCCCCUCAAGAAUCCCCGGUCCAUCCUCGACGUUGGCACCGGAACCGGCAUCUGGGCUAUAGAGAUGGGUGACAUGUAUCCCAACGCAGAAGUGCUAGGCGUAGAUCUCAGCCCGAUACAACCCCUGUGGGUGCCCGAGAACGUGCAAUUUCUCGUCGACAACGUGGAGGAGGAGUGGCUCCAGCCGCCGAACUCGUUGGAUUAUAUCCACGCGCGGCAGAUGGCGCCGACGAUUCGGGACUGGCCCGGAGUUAUCGCCGAAGCGUAUAAGGCGUUGAAGCCAGGCGGAUGGCUCGAGCUGCAGGACCUGAAGUGCGUGACGAUGUGCGACGACGGCACGAUGGCGGAGGACGACAUCUGCGCCCUGUACGCGCGGACCCUGACGGCGGCGUUAGGGCAGCUGGGGAUCCGCAGCCACGACGUGUCGCGGUACGCCGAGUUCCUGCGGGACGCGGGGUUCGUGAACGUGGAGGAGAAGAUGCUGAAGGUGCCGAUCGGGACGUGGCCGCGCGACCCGCAACAGGCGAAAGUAGGCCUGUUCAGCCAGCACAUGAUCUACGACGGCCUGCACGGCUUCAGCAUCCGUCCCUUCACCCACGGCCUCGGCUGGACCCCCGAAGAGGUCGAGGUCUUCCUCGUCGACGUCCGAAAGGCCCUGCUCAGCUCCGCCGCGCACAUCUACCUCCCUUUCUACUUCGUCUACGGCCAGAAGCCUCCCGCAGAUGCUGCUGCGACCGCCGCCGUGGCAAACAACGCGACCUCGACGACCACGGCGAAUCCUUGA